AAGCAACUUGGACCUUCCUCUUCUCGAUAAUAAGUACACCUUUUACUUUUUGCACCUCCCCCGUUGCUCUUUCUCUAUUACCUUUGCUAUCCCCAUCAUCAUUCAUACAACUUACGCCGUAUAUACUCGCUCUUCGUCGUGAUGCUCGACUCUUCCCCGGUGGCAUUGCCUCCCGUACCUCGUCCAUUGAAGCGGUCGUCGUCAACGGCAUCUCUCCCGACACCCCCGCGUACCCAGCGCAAAAGGCGCACCGCACGCUCCAAGGCGUCUUCUGACGAAAGUGAUGGAGACAACACUGCUGACAGUGGUGAUGAAGUCGCGUGGUUGAACAAGAAGCGGCGUAUCAGCGACAUCCAGGAGGAAGAGGAGGAGGACUUUGACGAUGAAGACGUCUUUUGGGCUGGUGGGAAGAGCACCAAGGCAACAGGAACCUCAGCCAAGGCUCAGAGCGCGUCAGCGACGCGACGGUCAGAGUCACCUGUUGGCUCGCCUGUACCCUUGCUCUUCCGCAAAAGAGAGCGAGCACAGUCGACCUCUUCCCUCGUCUCUCCGCCGCCUUCAUUCAGAAAGACCAAGCCUGCACCAGCAAAGCCUUCCGUUGUUCGGUCGGCGAGUCCCACCACCACGUCGCCACCACGGACCCCAAAAAACAGAGUCCAGCACCCAAUCCGAGAUUCUCCCAACAACCCUUUUCUGGAUACGCCUGGUGGCGUCGAUGAUGCUAGUGACAAUGAGGAUGACGGCUCAUCGUUGGUCGAGCGACCUUACGAAGAAAAGCCUACUGUCACAUUCGUUUAUCGCGGUGUUCGAAAGACCUUCCCCAACCCUUACUAUGAUCCCGUCAAGAAAGGCCCCGUGUCUCCGACUCCCAAUUCUCUGCUUCCGCCAGAACACAUCGAUUUUUCGCCCGACUUGAGGUGCCCUCCCAAAGUCCUAUUCCCUAAAAAGAAACACAGGAAAGGCACCAAAGUCGACACAAGCAAGGCCUCCGCUGUGCUCUCUGACGUGUUUGCAGAUGAUAGCGACAAUGAGGCAUCGCUUCAAGUUCAACCCACCAAACUGUUUGCAGAUGAGUUGAAGGUCACGGAACGAUCUAAGCGGUAAAAUGCAUUUUUGCGUCGAAUUGCAGCAUUGCUUGCGCUGUUGACUCCUUUCUCAAAUUUCUCCUUCAUCUCACACACAGUCUUUUUCUGCCUUCCAAUUUUCUCUGCAUCGCUUUGUCACGUCUCUUUGUCACCUUUCUUAUAUAUGUUCAAAUAUCGUUGUGCGACACCUUUUUAUGAAUAUCUGCGACACCUAUCCCAUCCAUCCUAUCCGUGUCCAAUGCUCUUCCAAUUAUCCAUUUCACAUCCUCUAGAUAGUUUGUUUUCCGAUGUAUCUUGACAAUGGCAUCCUGGAUAUGCAUAGAAUU